AGGAGUUUGCUCCCUAUCUUUCUGUGGGGGUGAAAGCUGGUCUCUCUCUCCUGCUCCAGUAACUGGAGGCACAGGUUCCUUCUUCAUCAGUCUCAACUCCGUUCUCAGAAGGCUACAGGCUGUGUUCCCACUGCUACGGCCAUGGCACCCAAAAAGAACAAGACGACCAAGAAGAGUAAAGGAGACAUAAACGACAUUAUGGUGGAAAACAGCCCCAUUAACAAGAUUAAUGGACUAAACACUCUGAUUGAGGGAGGAAACGGCUUCAGCUGCAUCUCGACUGAAGUCACGGAUUCCGUGUACGCGCCAAACCUCCUGGAGGGUCUGAGCAACAUGCGACAGGAAAGUUUCCUCUGUGACUUAACCGUCACCACCAAGUCAACAACAUUUGAUGUCCACAAGGUUGUCAUGGCCUCCUGCAGUGAGUACAUAAGAAAGAUCUUGAAGAAGGACCCCAGCCUUCUGAAGAUCGACCUGAAUGACCUCUCACCAGUUGGUCUGGCAACUGCGAUCACAUAUGCAUACUCAGGAAAGCUUACGUUGUCCCUCUACAGCAUCGGCAGCACGAUUGCUGCAGCCAGGCUGCUUCAGAUCAGCACCCUGGUAAAAAUGUGCAGCGAUUUCCUCAUGCAGGAGCUCAGCGUGGAGAACUGCAUGUACGUGGCCAACAUCGCCGAUGCCUAUGACCUCAAAGAAACCAAGGAAGCAGCCCAAAAGUUCAUGCGGGAGAACUUCAUUGAGUUUUCCGAAAUGGAGCAGUUCCUGAAGCUCACAUACGAGCAGAUCAGCGAAUUUCUCUCCGAUGAUUCCUUACAGCUCCCCUCUGAGAUCACAGCCUUCCAGAUCGCCAUGAAAUGGUUAGACUUUGAUGAGAAGAGGCUGAAGUACGCCGCCGAUCUCCUCACCCUCAUCCGCUUCGGGACGAUCUCUGCUCAAGACCUCGUGAAUCACGUCCAGAGUGUCCCCAGGAUGAUGCAAGACCCCGAGUGCCACCGUUUGCUCGUCGACGCCAUGAAUUACCAUCUUCUGCCCUACCAGCAGAACAUCCUGCAGUCGCGUAGAACAAAGGUGCGCGGUGGCCUCAAGGUGAUUCUGACAGUGGGCGGGCGUCCUGCCUUGACGGAGAAAUCUCUCAGCAAGGAUGUUCUCUACAGAGACGAAGACAAAGUUUGGAAUAAAUUGACGGAAAUGCCAGCAAAGAGUUUUAACCAGUGUGUGGCCGUGCUGGAUGGCUUCCUUUAUGUGGCAGGGGGUGAGGACCAGAACGACGCCAGGAACCAGGCAAAACAUGCCGUUAGCAACUUCUGCAGGUACGACUGCCGCUUCAACACUUGGAUUCACUUGAGCAACAUGAUCCAAAGGCGCACCCACUUCAGCCUCAACACCUACAAUGGCCUCCUGUUCGCAAUCGGCGGCCGAAAUGCAGACGGCGUUCAGGCCUCCAUGGAGUGCUACGUACCCUCCUCUAAUCAGUGGCAGAUGAAAGCCGCCAUGGAGGUGCCACGCUGCUGUCACGGCAGCUCCGUCAUCGAUGGCAAGAUCCUCGUAUCAGGAGGCUACAUCAACAACGCCUACUCCAGGGCUGUGUGCGCUUACGACCCCUCCACCGACACCUGGCAGGACAAGAGCAGUCUGAGCACUCCCCGAGGCUGGCACUGCGCUGCUACCAUUGGGGACCGAGCCUACGUGAUUGGUGGCAGCCAGCUCGGAGGGCGGGGAGAGAGAGUCGACGUCCUCGUUGCCGAGUCUUACAACCCACACAGCGGCCAGUGGAGCUACUGCGCGCCCCUCCACACGGGGGUUAGCACGGCUGGCAUUUCCAUUUUGGACAACAAGAUCUAUCUCCUCGGGGGCUGGAACGAGGGUGAGAAGAAGUACAAGAAGUGCAUUCAGGUUUACAACCCCGAUCUCAAUGAAUGGACUGAAGAUGACGAGUUGCCAGAAGCCACGGUUGGCAUUUCAUGCUGCGUCGUCACCAUACCUACGAGGAAAACACGAGAAUCCAGAGCCAGUUCAGCUUCAUCUGCACCAGUCAGUAUAUAGAGGGGUUUUAACCUCAACAAUGAUAUAGUUCAGUCUGCAGAUCUCCACUUUGUCCGUUGCAUUCUUGGUACCAAAUGGACAUCAGGUUUCCUUAUUUAUGCAAAUAUUAGGCUAUUUUUUAGACUAUUUCAUAUUUGCUACAUUUAGCAUUGCCGAUGCAUUAAUAAUGUUUUAAGUUUAUACAAGAUAAAAACAUCCAAUAACAAAUUUUUUAAGGGGCCAAUUCAACUGGAAUAUUUUUUUUUUUUACAAGCCAUUAUGCUUCAGUAAAUAUUAUAAUAAAACUCAGGCAAAUUCAAUCUAAAAACACCAAAUGUUGAAAGAAACAUAAAAAUGUUUGAUCUAGGUUAUGAUGCCUUUAACCACUGUGACCUUCGCGUACUGUACUUGAAGGGAAUGGAAAGGUGAAGUUGGAAUAAGUAAGUUGACGCCUACCAGGAGUAGGUGCUUGUGAUCAGUGCCUCAGCAGACAAUUAACCUGGUGGUUCUCCGUAUAAUCUCAGCUGCAGCAUACAUUAAUCUUAUGCUGUAUUUAUAAUAUUGUUUUAAUCACUACUGCUAUAAUUCAAACUGGUUCUGUGCUAAAAAUAGGUGAAUGCGUUCAAAUGAGACAGAGGGUCUUUCAUUUUGUAAAAAAUACAAAUAAAAAAUCCAAUACAGCAACAAUGUUCAGAGCCUGAGCUUGUCAGGAAGAUCAUGAAAAUCCUGACUUCUCAUGUCUUUCUAUUUUAUGUUUGUUUUUAAAUUAAAGUCAUGCAUUGUAAUCUCA